AGUUGUCAUUACAAAUAUUUUUGGGGGCAAAACUAAAAAUCUAAGUUAACUUUCUGCUACGAAGUACGAACUUAAAAAAAAUUAUUAUAUAACUAAAACUAAGCUAAAAGAUAUGCAGAACUUUUGUUUGCAAAUAUGUUUGGCGAAAAAGUGAUAGAAUUGUUGAAGGAAGCGGACAGAAACCGUGAAACUAUCGACCAAUUUAAUGAUGAAAAGAUCCGACAAAUUAUAGAAGAAAUGCACGUUUUAUUUAACAUGAAUAUGAACGAUGCGAAUGCAGCAACAGAAAACAAGUCUCUGUGGCCAACAGUUCAAGUAAGACAUGCUGCAUUGGAGAGAAACAAGCGUUGCCUUCUCGCUUACUUAUACAACAGAAUGGACAAAAUAAAAACUCUAAGAUGGGAAUUUGGGUCCGUGCUACCACCAGAUGUCAGAGAGUUACUUGCGGAUAGUGAAUAUGAGUGGUUUUCGAAAUACUCUACAAAUUUAGCCCAGUAUAUGAGGUCUUUAGGUGAAGAUAUUGGCUACAGUGGCAUAGACCUGACAGAGAACUUGAGGCCUCCAAAAUCGUUGUAUAUAGAAGUGCUAUGCAUCACAGAUUAUGGCAAAUUGGAAUUGGAAGAUGGUGAUGUAGUGAUGCUCAAGAAAAAUAGUAGACAUUUCUUGCCAACUUCAGAAUGUCAGACUUUAAUAAGACAGGGUGUUUUGAAACAAAUUGUUUAGUAGUUUUUAGGGUUCCAUACCUAAAAAGGAACCCUUAUGGGAUCACUUUGUUGUCUGUGUCUAUCUGUCUAAAAACCUACAGGUACUUCCCGUUGACCUAGAAUCAUGAAAAGCAGGUAAGGUAGGUCUUAUAGCACAAAUAAAGGAAAAAUUCAUAAACCGUGAAUUUAUGGUUACAGCACAAAAAGUUCAUGUUAAAAUGUGUUCAUGAACAUAAUUAGUUUACUAAAUCAUAUAUAGAUGGUGUUGUCAUUAAUUUGCAGUGUUGCACAUAAAAGUGUUAAAAUAUCUUGUACGGAACCUUUCGUGUGCAAGACCGACUCGCACUUGGCCAGUUUGAUCUUAUUAACUAAGGCGAAUUUUGCAAGUCUCUGUAAGUAGGUAUGUAAUAAUAAAUCUUAGUAUUAAUAUUUUAA